AUGGUAAAGAAAUGGGGAGGUUUAGAAUACUUUAAGUUUGCAGUUUAUAUUAUUAUGCCAAUAAGUUGUUCUUUAUAUAUUCUAGAUAACGAUAGAUUGAAUAAUUUAAUUAAAAAAUAUCAAUUUGUAGUAUAUCCACCAGAGUUACAUGCACCUGAAGAUGUAAAAAAUAUGAUUAGAGAGGCUGCAAUCAAGAGAGAACAAAGAUUGGCUGCUAAUCAAGGAAUCGAAGAGCAAAUGCAACAACAACGUGAAGAGAAACACCAACAAUUUUUAAAUAGAUAUCAAAUUCGUAAGGAACAAGAUAAAAUCGUUGCACAAAAGACAAAUGAAAAGCAACAACAACAACAACAAUAA